GGCAAUCAUGGCUGCAGUCAGAUCUCCGUUGUCUCUGUGGAGGUUCCAGUUGAGCACUCGGCGAGCACGGCGGGUCUGUACUCGGGUCGCAGCCCAGCGCCACUCCAAUGCUCUGCUCGCGACGUGGUCCCAGCCCUUUGAAGUGGGGCAGCCUCGCCGCCCUUUCAGCUCCGAGGCAGAAUCUGGUAGCUCAGAAGUCAAGAAACCUACUUUUAUGGAUGAGGAGGUCCAGAGCAUCCUCACCAAGAUGACAGGCCUGGACUUGCAGAAGACUUUCAAGCCUGCUGUACAACCACUGAAGCCACCAACCUACAAGUUAAUGACCCAGGCACAGCUGGAGGAGGCUACGAGACUGGCAGUUGAGGCAGCUAAAAUACGAUUAAAGAUGCCACCAGUUCUGGAAGAACGAAAGCCAAUAAAUGAUGUGUUAGCCGAGGAUAAGAUCUUGGAAGGAACAGAAACAAACAAAUAUGUGUUUACUGACAUAUCGUAUAACAUACCACACCGGGAACGUUUUAUUGUUGUUAGAGAACCAAGUGGCACACUACGCAAAGCUUCAUGGGAAGAACGGGACAGGGUGAUACAAAUUUAUUUCCCGAAAGAAGGUCGUAGAGUUUUGCCACCAGUAAUUUUCAAAGAUGAGAACCUUAAGACCAUGUACAGCCAAGACCGGCAUGCUGAUGUCCUCAAUCUCUGUGUUGCCCAGUUUGAGCCAGAUUCCACUGAGUAUAUCAAGGUUCAUCACCAGACCUACGAAGAUAUAGACAGACAUGGAAAAUAUGAGAUUUUACGUUCAACAAGACACUUUGGUGGAAUGGCUUGGUAUUUGGUAAAUAACAAAAAGAUCGAUGGUUUGCUCAUCGAUCAGAUCCAGAGAGACUUGGUUGAUGAUGCCACCAGCCUGGUCCAGCUGUACCACAUGCUCCAUCCAGAAGGCCAGUCAGCCCAAGAGGCCAAAGAGCAGGCUGCUGAGGGAGUCAACUUAAUUAAGGUCUUUGCAAAAACAGAAGCACAGAGAGGAGCAUAUAUAGAAUUAGCACUUCAAACUUAUCAAGAAAUAGUCAUCAGCCAUUCUGCAACAUCCUGAGAACAAGAAUUCAAAAUGCGUUUCAUGUUAAUGCCCUUCCAUUUUGGUAAUACUGAGCUGAACAUUUAAAAAUCUUGGAAUUAAAAGGUAUUUACUAACUUAAA